UGCGACAUUACCUCACCUGAAUUAGCACGCGCACGUCAUCCGCUCUUGAGGACGCGCUUUUAUUCAAAUGCCAAGCAGGUUGCCAGGCAACGGAAGAUGACCAGAGCGAGCCCGACCUGUCUGACAGGACAACAUCAACUCGGGCAGAAAUCAGAGAAUUGUUCUUCCUGAGGUUCCUGUCUUCAAUCAAUCGGAAGCGCUUGAAUUCCUCUAUGGCUGCGGGGGAGCACGAAAACGUUUCUCCAUUGGUGUUCCGACUACAUGAAGGGUCUCCGCCGGUGGUACGUGAGGUUCUGCUGGAGCGUGGAUGGGAGGAGUAUGACGAACAAGAACACGAGGAAGGAGAUUGGAACCUCUACUGGAGAACGUCUGCCUUCCGAAACUCUGAUUACGAAAACAUCUUGCCUUGGCAGAGAAUGAACCACCAUCCCAAAACGAUCCACAUCACGCGCAAGGACUGUUUGACACGACACUUAAGAAGAAUGAAGAGCGCUUACGGCACAUCUACGUAUGACUUCAGCCCUCCUGCCUUUAUCUUGCCAAAUGAAUACACAAAGUUUUUAGGGGUGUACACUAGGAAUCGUACAUCCGGAAAAUCUCAGUACUGGAUUUGUAAACCAGUUGAUCUGUCAAGAGGAAGAGGAAUAUUUCUAUUUGACGACAUUAAGGACUUAGCUUACGACUCGCCGGUAAUCGUACAGAAGUACAUCAGCGACCCUCUUCUCAUUUCAGGCUACAAAUUCGACUUGCGCAUUUACGUUUGCGUAAAGAGCUUCUCUCCUCUCGUAAUUUACAUGCAUCAGGAAGGCCUGGUGCGCUUUGGGACCGAAAAAUACAGCCUCGCUUCUUUGGAUAACCUAUAUUCUCAUUUGACAAACACCAGCAUCAAUAAGUUUGGGUUGUGCUAUACCGCAUAUAAAGAACAAGUGGGCAGGGGAUGCAAGUGGACCAUGAGCAAAUUUCGCUGCUUUCUUCAAAACCAAGGUGUUAAUGAUCUUCUGCUAUGGAAUAAGAUCAGUAAUAUUGUCACGUUGACUCUACUCACAGCUGCUCCUUCCAGUCCCUCCAGCCCAAACUGUCUAGAGCUGUUGGGUUUUGACAUCCUCAUUGACACCAGCUUUAAGCCGUGGCUUCUAGAGGUGAAUUACAGUCCUGCGCUUUCAUUGGACUGCCCUGCGGACGUAACGGUCAAGAAAGGUUUGAUCAAUGACAUCAUCGACCUGAUGAACUACAAGAUGAUUGACAGUUUCAGACACAAGGGAUACCUCAGGACAAGAUAUAUGAGACCAUGCUGUCUCAGACACUAUUUACGGCCUCCAGCGUUUCUGCUACACAAGACAACAGGCCCAAACGAAUCCAUCUCUUCAAAUUCUAUCCGAGUCUGUCCCCGGAAAGAAACAUACACUAGUUCCCCCAAUACAAGAGCAACCUUUUCUAAAAGGUAUGAACAGACUCAUACUUACCACAAACAACUGGUCGACGUCUUUCUUAAUGAUGAGGAAAUAGAUAUUGAGGAAUCUGAUCUCACAGCACUUAGCCAAGUGAGACAGACAUCUAGGAAAUUGGCAUCCACUGCAUGCAAGUUACCUUCUCUUCAUGUACAAAAUCACAAAUCCGCAACAGCCCCGUCGAACCGCCGAUCUCAAGACAGAUGCAUCCCUCCUUUUCGUGUCGGCGACUUCAUACUGACGUUUCCAUUCAACGAGGUGACGUGGAAAGCCUCUCGGGAUGAAGUGGAUGUUAAGACUGUUGUGCACGAGGUCCAUAAACUCACAAGUCGACUCGCCUCUUCAUUUAGUGACGAAGAAAGGACAAAGAUAGAUAAACCUGGUGCCGUAAGGGACAGAUUUGAAGCUUUACUUUGGGGGCCGAAAAACCCACCUCUUCUUAGUGAAGUCUGUGCCUUCAGUUCAAAAUGCUAAAGCUCUAGUAUGCACAAUUUGUAAUGUCUUGGACUACUGUUUUAGAGUUCGCCACCAUUGAAACCAGACUGUUAAAAAGUAGUAAAAUGUCAGCACUGGGUCACCUUA